UAAUACUAGGAAUAGUGGAGACAGGGAGCAGAAGCGCAGGGUCAGGGAUCCGCUCAGUUUCGCUAAAUGGAAAUCGGAUCUUCCUCUCGGGUUCAUCUGGACAACAAAGACCGAAAGUAAAGCCACAUCAGGACGAGGAACCCCGGAGGCUCUGGAGCAGAGUGUCAGAGAUGGAUGGAUCCACUGUAACAGGUGUGAACAGUUUAGAAUCAGAUCAUUCACUCCAGGAGAAGGAUAAAGGGCCAGUGAUUGGUGGUUUACGUCUUCGAUCUGCUCCUGGCGCUUGUGUGCUCUUUGCUGGUGUGUUGCUACUUGUAGGCAUUGGAGUGGCCAUAGGUGGAUACUGGCCUCAUCGUAAUCGGAGACAAGUGCUGCAUCAUGCACCAUCUGGCCGAACUCCCACAGAAAAACUGAAAUUGGUCGGCCCUAUUAUUAUGGGAGUGGGCCUUUUCAUCUUUAUUUGUGCAAACACACUUCUCUAUGAGAAUCGGGACCACAGGCUGAAGCAAGCCAGCCAAAAAAAUGAUACGCUAGAGGGACGGCGAAAUUCGAAAAGCUGCUCACAACCUGAAACAAACACCAGCACACACACUCUGGCCUUGUCAGAACUCAACAUUCACUGCCUGCAAGGAGGGUUUGCUGUUCCAGCCCUUAACCAUUCUUUCCCUUCCUCUGCCUCUUUAAACUCCAGUCAGAUGAACUUUGGCCUUGCAGAUAGCAGGGAUGCUGUUAUGUUGAUUCCUCCAGUUGUCAAGCUGAACAACUGCCUUAUAAAGUGCCCAGACACUCCGCCCCUUCUACAACAAGUACCGAUCCACGGCGAGAUGGGCCAGUGUAAAAGGGUGGAGCCAAUAAUAACAGAGCAUUUAUCUUUAACAAGAGAGACUGGGGUGGAAAUGAAUAAGGGACAUAGUGGAGCAUUAAAGUAUACACAGACUGUGGAUAUGUAGCCGCAAAGUCACCUUAUGAUUCCUGCUGCUAUCAAAUUUUAACUAGAAAAAAAGGUCCCUAAAGCAGCCUUGGGGUUCUUUGGUUUGUGUCUCUGGGGAAAGCCUUAAGGGUUCUGUGUAGUAGCCUGUAACAAAGUGUUUCUCAGUCCCAUUGAAGACUCCGUUUUAAACAAGUUUAAAUAUAGAACACUUCUAGUGAAACUAUAAAAGGUGCAACGUCAAACCUUAGAACCGAGUGUCUCCCUAUCAGAAAGGAUUCCAAGAAGAAUCCAUUUAGGAGCUAAGAACCGUUAACUAUCCAAUCAAAUGGCUCUAUUAUCUGCAUGCAUAUAUGCAUAGUACAAAUAAAUAUAGUACCUUAAGUGGUUCUUUGUUUGGAACUCUGGGAGAAUCUUUAAAGAAAGCCUAGAACAAAAAUACUUCCUCAAACACUGAACGAUCUAAUGAACACUCGAGGAACUGGAUUUUUCUAAGAUUAUACAAUACAGAAAUAUAUUACCCUUAGGUUAACUCUAGAACCCUUAAGGGUUCUCUGGUUGUCUGCUAGCCUCACAGAAGAAGUAGACAUUCGAAUAAGACCUGAGGAACCAUUUAUUUUACCAAGAGUUUAUGGUUUAACUGCAUAUUAAUGUUAAUGUCAAAUGUAAUGUUAAUGUUUAUUAAUAUUAAUGUCACAUUAAUGAUUAUUCCACAUUCAUUUUUUUUUUGCUUGCAAAGCACCAGGCAUCAUUAAGGCUGACAUUUUUCAGAUUAUUUGUAGAAUUUGACCCUUAAAGUUGGUCUCUAAAGAGAGAGAGAGAUAUAUAAAUAAAGCCAGUUCCAUGUGUGUUCCUGUCAAAGGUUUGUAAAAGAUCUUAAACAUAGUGGAUUCAUUUCAUUCACAUCAGUUGAAAAUAUCAUAGAGUUUAUCACAGAAAUAUCAUGAUCAUUUCAGUUCAUGUUGUUUCUUUCUUUCCUUGAAAUAUUUGAAAAUAAAAAAUGGAUUAAUGGAUGAAAACUGCUUAAUUCCUAAGUAUUCACCCCCCUCAGUGUGAAAUGUCCUUUUGCCGCAAUUAUAGAUUUGCAUUAUCUUAGACAUGUCUCUGUGAGCUUUGCACACUUUCUUCCAUUCCAGAUUAGAUGGAGAAUGAUGGUAGACAACCAUUUUUAGAUCAUGCCACAAAUUUCCAGUUGUAUUUGUCUGGGCUUUGGCUUGUUGUCUUGUUGAAACAUGUAUUUUCACACAAAAUCCAUAUGUUUAGUGAUUGGCAAAGGUUUUCAUCAACAAUUUGCUUGUUGUUUGCUCCGUCUAUACUGCCUGUGAUGGUUUCCCAUUGCCCCUGCUGAAAAACAACCCUUGAGCAUUAUGCUUGAUCCCAGAUUCGGUGUUUCAUGGAUGAUGGGCUGGAUUUGGUUUGUGCUAAAAAAAAAAAUUAUGCUUUGGCUUUAGAUCAAAUGGCACAACUUUAGCCUCAUAAAAUCAUGCAAUAAAAUCUCCAAUUUUAUAAGAUAGGCAUUCUCUUCCUUCUGUCCACUCUAGCAGAGAUGGUUCAUCUGUGAAGAGCUGAUGAUAUUGUUGAGGUUUGUGCUCAGUUUCGGCGUUGGGUUUGUGCCAUAUAUUUCUUUCCCACUUUGCUGCAAUGGAUAUUCACAGUGCUCCCAAGAAGGUUCAGUGCAUUGCAGAUGUUUAUAAAAUAUUAUAAUGCGCAGAUGUGACAAACAUCUUUUUUUCCUAUAUCUAUUAUUAAUAGAUUAUACCUCUCAAAGUCUGAGAUAUUUAUUGUGUACGUCAACAAUUGGACACAAACUGUGUGACGAGGUCUAAAUACUAGUCAUAAUUUUAAUGACUUCUGUAAUUGCAUUGUAAUAUACUUCAGUUUGUUGUAAUACAGUAAAAAUAGAAGGGGGUGAAUACUUUAGAGUUAAUGACUUACGUUUAUGUUAAUAUUUGUAUAAGGGAACGCUUUGUAUGUUCACAGUAGGCUUAUCUAAGUUAAGUUGAUUUUGAUGAAGCUGAUUUCCUGCUUUUGAUUAAAUUGAUUGGUUCAUGUCUUCAAGGUUGCCAGAUCUGAAAGCGGUGUAGUAUAAUGCCAGUAGAUUGUUGCUGUAGUUAUCAAGCUCAUCAUGGCGAAUUUGUCGAAAAAGCCUGCCACCCUUAAUAUCUGGCAGUUUUAUAUAAUAGCACUAGUACAGCAGCCGAGAAUAUGAAGCAUCAAAAAAAUACAUUAUUCACUGAUGAGACUGGGCAGGCUACUCAUUUCAUAUAUCACGCACCGACAGUUAAUUUUGCACAAACUUUAUACUAAGUGGUCAAGAAACUAUAAUACAUGUGUGUGUGUGUGUAUGUGUUAUUUAAUCACACAUUUCAUUCACUGUUUGGUCUCGAUGAGCUCCCACAAUAAAAUGUGCCCUCGCUUUAAAGGAUAAACCGAGCAAGCUUUAAGUACAAAAAAACAAAAUUCAGUCACGUGAAUAAUUUUAUCACUUUUAAACAUGUGGUUUUAGGCCUUCCACAUGAAUAUAUUGUAUGAGUUUUUAUUUAUUUUUAUUUUUUUUAUGUGAUUUUGUACAUCGUUUUAUUUAUUUAUUUAUUUAUUUAUUUAUUUAUAUAUUAUCGCGUUAAUUUUAUAACAAUAUCCACAGUAACUGUUACUCAUUACUGUUACUUUAAAAAUGUUCCUUUUACAAUGUAUUUCAUUCAUAAAACACUUCAUUAUGGUUGACAAAACCUCGUUCAUGAUUCUUUCUAAAGAAAAAGCAAUUGGAGAAGGAUUGUUUACGAAAUCUUUGUGUCAAAAAUAACAUUAUUUUUUUACCUUACAUUUCGCACCUACACAUGAUUGUCAGAGAUCAUGUCUUGCCUGUUAUACUGUCUUUACAAACGUAUUUAUAGCAGAACACUGCAUUCGUGUGUCUGUGUAUGCAUCUGUUCAAAGAACUGAAUGUCAGACAGUGUAUAAAAGAGGUCCAAACCCUGAGAAAGAACAUUUUUAGUACCUCCCCCAUCGCAUCCUGGGCCAUAUCUAUCAAAGCUCAGAAGUACAACAGCAAUUUCUUUUG